AUAGAGAAUAACUAAUAUAAAAGGCAUGUGAUGUAUAAGAAUGAACACAUUUUGCUGAAAAGUACUAUAGAGAAUGCAUUUACUUGGACGUUUUAGGAUUUCUUUAAUAUUUUACGAUCUAUAUGGUGGUUUGUUGAGUGAACUAUGUAAUGACCCCGGAGCGUCUCUCUACCAAUGUACUAGGGAAGCUACAGAAGGAACUCCUCUUAAAUAUUAUGAUCCACCGUCUUACAUUUUUCAAAGUGAUGUGUUUAGCGUAGUGUGUGACAUAAGAAUCAUGACAGAAUUCUUAGAAUGUCGCAGCAAUAUCACAAACAGUUGUCCAGAUUGGAGGGAUGACGGUCCUGGAAUGUCCAACGAAGAAUCAUUCAAGGCAUUCAUAAUUGGAACGUGUUUAAACAGACAUGUUGAAGUUGAUGAUGUUGGUGUUGAUGUAAAUGUUGAUGUUGACAUUGAUGUUCGUGUUGAUGUUGGUGUUAAAAGUGAUGUUAUAGAUGUUGGUCAUUGUGUUAAUGUUGGUGUUGUUGAAGUUAUUGUAUAUUUGGUUGUUGAUAAAGCAGUAUUGUUGUUGAAGUUGAAGUUGAUGAUGUUGGUGUUGAUGUAA